AUGAAUCUCAGCAUCAUUGCCACCAUCUUUGUGAUCUUUGUAUCAGUCAAUCAAUCUUUUGGUGCCAUGAUCAAGAAUCCCAAGAGCGAAAAAGGAAUCAUAUCAGCUGAUGAAGCAUUGGUUUAUGUUGACAUAGAUAUGAGUCGUGCUGAGAAGGAGUGUCAGACUUGGUGUUGA